CUACAAAAUGGGAGAUUUGCUUACAAUGCUCUUUUCUUUUACAAAAAAAAUGAUCAUCACGCGCGAUCAGGCCAUAUGCAUGCUUUUCUGCGUCGAGAACAAUCCUGAAAAUGUUGCUCGUUACGAAGAGAAAAUUGCUGCUUUUGGAGAAAUUGAUAUUUGCUACGAAAAGGAUCCAAAGAAGCCUAUUUUGAAUUCAAUUUUAAAAAUCAAUGGGGAUCCUUUCACUUAUAAGAGAUAUGCUCCAAGCGUCCAGAGCAAGUUCCCAGAAAACAAGUUCUUAUUAAAUACGGCAGCAUGCCUAA